GAGGGUGUUUGAUGGAGAUAAAAAGGGAUUUCUGUGAAUCCCCUGUUGCUGGAAUUUUCACUGUCCCUGAAAGCACAUCAGAUGCGUUUGCGCAAUCGAUCGAAAGUCCUCUGUUCCUGGUGUGAAAUUGAGAGAAACGUGAGGAGUGCUCGACUGAACCUCUCUCUCUCUCUCUCUCUCACACACACACACACACAUCCCCCUUUUUCUUUUUUUUUUCUUGCUCUUUUGCAUUCGCAGGAACACACAAAACCAGGAGAGCAUUUACUGGCCACAACUCUCCAGCUUCCAGCAAGAGGUGAUGGAAGAGACCCAGACCCCGGUGGGAGAGUCCAAAUGCAUCUCCUGCGCCCUCUCAGAAGUCUUUAAGGUUAGGAUGGCUUUUGCGUCCUACCCUCAUCUCUUCUACCUGACGCUCUGUGUACUAAUCCUGAGUGGAGCGGAAGCCAAUCCAGAGACUCUUUGCGGUUCAGAUUUGGUGGAUACUCUCCAAUUUGUGUGUGGUAAUCGAGGCUUUUAUUUCAACAAACCGACAGGCUACAGGCCUACUAUAAGGCGGGCAAACAGAGGGAUUGUGGAUGAAUGUUGCUUCCAGAGCUGUGAUCUCAAGUUGCUGGAGAUGUAUUGUGCAAAACCAGCAAAGCAAGAGGCUUCUGCACGCACACAGCCCCACGCUGAUAAAGGACAAAGGGAGACUGUCUUGAAGAACUCUAGCCGAGGUAAUACCAGUAGUGUCAACAGAAAUUACAGAAUAUGAAAUACAAGAGAAAUGAACAAUGGGAUGGCUACCACAACAUGCCUAAUGUAGCUGAAGUGUCUGUUCACCACUGAAUCGUUCUAUAAGACAGUCAUUUCUACAGUCAGAAUUGCCUUGAUGACCACAACAGACAUUAUGGAACGAUACCUUUGUUAGAUCAGCCAUUUUGUAGAAUACACAUGUUUUCAAGACCUUUGAGAUCUUCUUGGAGGAGAGCAAGUGAAGUUUACAGCACCCUGGUGUAAAAUGUCGAUCUAACAAAGAGUUUCACAUUCACCUGCAAGGAGCCUAUGUAACAAUUAGCAGCUCAAUAUAUGUGGACUACUUUAAGGGCCAGUGACAACGAAACAGAAUCAUUUUUCAUUGUGAUUACCAUACAUUUACUUGUUAAUAUUAUUAUGUUAAUCAUGCUUCUGCAAUAAUAUACUUUUGAGGGUGAUGAAGUCUUUAUUGAUGUUGAUUAUUUUAUGAAGGCAGAUUAAGUAGAUGACACACAGAUCAAUGUCAGACUACAUUUCAAUAUUUGCACUCUUGUGUGUUCUGUCGUUUGUCGCUGCAAGUAAUAUAAAUCUAGCUGUCUGCAGUUUAAAAGGUUUUGAACAGAUAGUCAUAAAUUUAAUGAUAAUCAUCAAUCUACAUGGUACACUUUAAAUGCAUUACCCUAUCUUGAAUACUUCAUUAACAUUAUCAAGAUGCUAUAAUUCUCUCAAUAUGAAGUUUGCAUAUAAAUGUCAACACUCUUAUCAUUACAAUAAAUAUUUGCCCAGCUAAUUUAAUAUGAAUGAAAUUGGAUUCUCACCCGUUUCAUUUCGCCCCAUCCCCAGUUUUUCUUUCAUUAAACCUUUCACUGUCAGAGAACUUCCAACUGCACGUAUUCAUGCUGUAGACAAGUCAUUACUCCAGGUAGUGUUGUUUGGACAAUUUUAAGAUGGAGUUUGUAUAAAGCAAAAUGGAAACGAUUAGUCUUCAGGAAGUUCGGAGGUGGAAAUUUGCAAUGUUUCAAAUAAAAACGUCAUGAGACACCACAAUUUUUCCCAAGAUUACUCCAGAUUUGCACAAAGCUUCACACUGGCUGAGAACCGACCAAGUGAAGUGUAUGCCAGCAGUAGAAAGGUAUUAUAGAGCACAGGUAAUCCUAUUGCUCAGCACUGGGAUCAUUGUUGAGCUGUCAAAAUGAUAAGCACGAGUUCCAAACUGCAAAUCUGGAAUUUGAUUUUGCCCAAUACAGAUUAAUUUGAGGGCAUAUGUAACUGGCCCUAUUCAAUACUAUAAAGUGUUGCACAUGAGCACAGAGGUAUUUGUGCUGUAGUAUUUUCUUUCUUCUAAUUUCAAAUCAUUCUAUUGGCAGCUGGAGAAGGGGAGGAGACAGUAAUGUGUCCAAAUCAAGUUCUGUUAUAGAGGUGUAUUCAAUCAGUUAUCUCAUGGGGCAAUAUGCUUGUUUCUGGUGUUGUAGAGGAGUAAGAUACAUGUGAAGUACAUGGUGGAUUUAAAUCCAGGUUAAAUGCUGUAUGUAGUAUCACCUGUGUGAUUUAAUUCUUGUUGGAGAUGCGACUGAUAGGAAUGCACUAUAUCAAUCACUGGAUAUCCAGUGUACCUGUAUUCGUAUGAAUGCAUAUCUGUGUGGGUAAGGGGAAAUUACAUCAUAAUAAUUUAAUAAUAAUUUGGUCACUCAAUCCAUGACCGUUUGUGGGG